CCUGCCAUCGGGAUGAUAUUGAUCACAUAGCACAACCGAGUGACAGUUUGGGUUGGUAUUUUGGGUUUGUGUUUACAAAGCCAAACCUCCUGGAAGCCAUGAGGCUCGCCUUCUGUGGUAACGACAACGCUUCAGCCUAUAACAUCAGUGCUGGUGUUCUAAGGAAUGUCUGCUUUGUGGAUGCUCUCAACUUGGUCCCUCAUGUCUUCUUGCUGUUCAUCACCUUCCCAAUUUUGUUCAUUGGCUGGGGAAGCCAAAGUUCCAAAGUUCAGAUUCACCACAAUACCUGGCUGCACUUCCCUGGACACAACCUGCGGUGGAUCCUGACAUUCACCCUCCUGUUCGUACACGUGUGUGAAAUAGCAGAGGGCAUAGUUUCUGAUACGCAAAUGAAAUCUCGACAUCUACAUCUCUUUCUGCCAGCUAUCAUGGGAUUUGUGGCUGCCACGGUGUCGAUCGUCUACUACCACAAUAUUGAAACCUCAAACUUUCCAAAGUUACUGCUGGCUCUCUUUCUUUACUGGAUAAUGGCCUUUGUCACCAAAACUAUCAAGCUAGUCAGAUACUGCCAGGACGGUGUGUCCUUUUCUCAGCUGCGCUUCUGCAUCACUGGAAUUAUGGUGAUUCUCUAUGGGCUGCUGAUGGCUGUGGAGAUCAAUGUCAUUCGAGUCAGGAGAUAUGUAUUCUUCAUGAACCCUCAGAAAGUAAAGCCACCAGAGGAUCUACAGGACUUGGGGGUGAGGUUUCUGCAGCCAUUUGUCAAUUUGCUCUCAAAGGCAACUUACUGGUGGAUGAAUACUCUUAUUAUAUCUGCUCACAAGAAGCCUGUGGACCUGAAGGCCAUUGGGAAGCUUCCAAUUGCAAUGAGAGCACUGACAAAUUAUGUUUGUCUCAAAGAAGCCUAUGAAGAACAAAAGAAAAAGGUAGCAGAGCAGCCCAACCGGAGCCCCUCCAUAUGGCUGGCCAUGUACAGUGCUUUUGGCCGCCCGAUUCUUCUCAGCAGCACCUUCCGUUACUUGGCUGACUUGCUGGGCUUUGCGGGGCCAUUGUGCAUCUCUGGCAUUGUCCAAGGCUUCCAGAACACAACCAACAACACAAAUACAACAGAAAAGGAUCCAUCAAAUUCCUACCUCUCCUCAGAGGAAUUCCUCAGGAAUGUUUAUGUUUUGGCAGUUCUUCUCUUCCUGGCACUUAUCUUGCAGAGGACAUUCCUACAGGCAUCCUACUAUGUGACUACAGAAACUGGUAUCAAUCUGCGAGGUGCUUUACUGGCAAUGAUAUAUAAUAAGAUCCUGAGGCUUUCUACAUCCAACUUGUCAAUGGGAGAGAUGACCUUGGGACAAAUCAAUAACCUGGUUGCCAUAGAAACUAAUCAAUUAAUGUGGUUCUUGUUCCUGUGCCCUAAUCUGUGGGCAAUGCCUGUUCAGAUAAUAAUGGGUGUGAUCCUACUCUACAAUUUACUGGGAGUGAGUGCCCUGGUUGGUGCUGCUGUCAUUGUCCUGUUAGCUCCCAUACAGUACUUCAUAGCUACAAAGCUGGCUGAGGCUCAGAAGAGCACUCUUGACUACUCUACUGAGAGAUUAAAGAAAACCAAUGAGAUACUAAAAGGCAUCAAGUUAUUAAAGCUGUAUGCCUGGGAGCACAUAUUUUGUACUAGCGUGGAAGAAACAAGAAUGAAGGAGCUCACCAGCCUCAAAACCUUUGCACUUCAUACCUCUCUUUCCAUUUUCAUGAAUGCAGCCAUACCAAUAGCAGCUGUUCUUGCAACCUUCGUGACUUAUGCAUACACCAAUGAGAAGCCACUGCAGCCCGCCCAGGCCUUUGCCUCGCUGUCCCUGUUUCACAUCCUGGUCACCCCACUCUUCCUGCUCUCCACUGUGGUCCGUUUUGCAGUCAAGGCUAUCAUAAGUGUACAGAAGCUGAAUGAGUUUCUCCUAAGUGAUGAGAUUGGAGAUGACAGCUGGAGAGGUGGGGACAGCUCUGUAGCUUAUGAAUCCUGUAAGAAGCACACAGGACUUCACACCAAAGCCAUCAACAGGAGGCAGCCCUUGAGGUAUCAGCUUGAAAGCUACGAGCAGCCAACCAGGAAGCAAACACGUCCUGUGGACAUUGAUGAUGUUGCAAUCAAGGUGACCAAUGGAUAUUUUUCAUGGGGAAGUGGUUUAGCAACAUUGUCCAACAUAAACAUCAGAAUCCCAACAGGUCAGAUGACAAUGAUCGUGGGCCAAGUUGGCUGUGGCAAGUCAUCACUUCUCCUUGCUAUACUGGGAGAGAUGCAGACCCUGGAAGGAAAAGUUCACUGGAGCAACGUAAAUGAAACUGAACCUGCUUUUGAAGCACCCAGAAGUAGAAACAGAUACUCCGUGGCUUACGCAGCUCAGAAGCCCUGGCUGCUGAAUGCAACUGUGGAGGAGAACAUUAUCUUUGGGAGCCCAUUCAAUAAACAGAGGUACAAAGCUGUUACAGAUGCCUGCUCUCUGCAGCCUGACAUUGACUUAUUACCUUUUGGUGAUCAGACAGAAAUUGGAGAAAGGGGGAUUAAUUUAAGUGGCGGCCAACGACAACGAAUCUGUGUAGCUCGAGCACUCUAUCAGAACACCAACAUUGUCUUCUUGGAUGACCCAUUCUCUGCACUGGACAUCCAUUUGAGUGAUCAUCUAAUGCAGGAAGGCAUCCUGAAGUUCUUGCAGGAAGACAAGAGGACUCUUGUUCUGGUGACACAUAAAUUACAGUAUUUGCCACAUGCUGACUGGAUCAUAGCAAUGAAGGAUGGAAUGGUACUUAGAGAAGGGACACUAAAGGAUAUCCAGAACAAGGACAUUGAGCUAUAUGAACACUGGAAAACUUUGAUGAAUCGCCAAGAUCAAGAACUGGAAAAGGAUAUGGAAGCUGACCAGACUACUCUUGAGAGAAAAACCCUAAGGAGGGCCAUGUACCCCAGAGAAUCUAAAGCACAACUGGAAGACGAAGAUGAAGAGGAAGAAGAAGAAGAGGAGGAAGAUGAUAAUAUGUCAACUGUCUUGAGGCUCAGGACAAAGAUGCCGUGGAAAACCUGCUGGAGAUAUUUAACAUCUGGAGGAUUUUUCUUGCUCUUUCUGAUGAUUUUCUCAAAGCUGCUGAAGCAUUCAGUCAUAGUGGCCAUAGAUUACUGGCUGGCUACAUGGACAUCCAAGGACAAUGCAAAUGAAGGCAGGAAUGGUGAUGAUGUUAAGAACACAAAUAAGACUUAUCACGUAGCUGUCUUCAGCAUCCUCUCUGGAGCAGGAAUUGUCCUUUGUCUCAUCACAUCUCUGACUGUGGAGUGGAUGGGCCUCACAGCAGCCAAGAACCUACACCAUAACCUCCUCAACAAGAUUAUCCUUGGACCAAUCAGGUUCUUCGAUAUGACUCCAUUGGGGCUAAUUCUAAAUCGCUUCUCUGCUGACACAAAUAUCAUCGACCAGCACAUUCCUCCUACCCUGGAGUCUCUCACCCGUUCCACCUUACUCUGCCUGUCAGCCAUUGGAAUGAUCUCCUAUGCCACUCCAUGGUUCCUUGUUGCCCUCGUGCCUCUUGGGAUAGCAUUUUAUUUCAUCCAGAAAUACUUCAGAGUUGCUUCCAAGGACCUGCAGGAACUUGACGACAGCACUCAGCUACCUUUACUCUGCCACUUCUCUGAGACAGCUGAAGGUCUUACCACCAUUAGAGCAUUUGGGCACGAAGCCAGAUUUAAACAACGCAUGCUGGAACUGACGGACACGAACAACAUUGCCUACUUGUUUCUGUCGGCUGCCAACAGAUGGCUGGAGGUCAGGACGGACUACCUCGGUGCUUGUAUAGUUCUGACUGCAGCUGUCACUUCCAUCACUGAAGGGCCUAACUCAGGCUUUGUGGGGCUGGGUCUCCUGUAUGCCCUGACAAUCACCAACUAUUUGAACUGGGUGGUGAGGAACCUGGCUGAUCUGGAAGUGCAGAUGGGUGCAGUAAAAAAAGUACACAGCUUGCUGAACAUGGAAUCAGAGAACUAUGAUGGCUACUUGGAUCCUUCUCAAGUCCCCAAGGACUGGCCUCAGGAGGGGGAAAUAAAGAUUGAGAACUUGUGUGUUCGCUAUGAGAACAACUUGAAGCCUGUUCUGAAGCAUGUCAAGGCAUAUAUCAAACCAGGACAAAAGGUUGGGAUCUGUGGUCGUACUGGCAGUGGAAAGUCAUCCCUGUCUUUGGCAUUCUUCAGGAUGGUGGACAUAUUUGAUGGAAGGAUAGUGAUUGAUGGAAUAGACAUCAGCAAACUGCCUCUUCAUACCCUGCGCUCUCGACUCUCCAUUAUUCUCCAGGAUCCAAUAUUGUUCAGUGGCUCCAUCCGCUUUAACUUGGAUCCAGAGUGCAAGUGCACUGAUGAUAGACUUUGGGAAGCUUUGGAGAUUGCUCAGUUGAAGAACAUGGUCAAAUCAUUGCCAGGAGGCCUUGAUGCAAUGGUCACAGAAGGAGGAGAGAACUUCAGCGUAGGGCAAAGGCAGCUCUUCUGUCUGGCCCGAGCCUUUGUCCGCAAAAGCAGCAUUCUCAUCAUGGAUGAAGCUACAGCAUCCAUUGACAUGGCCACAGAAAACAUUCUGCAGAAGGUUGUGAUGACUGCCUUUGCAGACCGCACAGUUGUGACAAUAGCACAUCGGGUUCACACCAUCCUAACUGCAGACCUGGUCAUCGUCAUGAAGAGAGGCAACAUUUUAGAGUAUGAUACACCUGAGAACCUGCUGUCUCAAGAAGAUGGCAUCUUCGCUUCCUUUGUCCGGGCUGACAUGUGAAGGCUUGCAUGAUGCACUUCAACAGCUGCUUUUUUAAAUGUAUGAGAAGCAAGUAUUUUCUAUUCAUUGUAACAUGAUUUGUAUCUUUUUGGGGUUGUUUGGUUUUUGUUUUCUUUAGAGAUACUUCCUUGACACUUCUAUCUCCCCAAAUAAUAAAACCUAUUGCAACACGUGGAUGCCUCAAAGCAAUAAAAAAAAAGUCACCUUGGUCAAAAGCUCUUCAACUUCACACACGUGCAUAUGGAAACAAGGAGGCAGAAGUGUUUAUUUCCUGGGAAUGUGGCAUUUCCCUUUGACUUCUUAGUGACUUUGUUUUCUUUUAUAGAAAGCAAAAGAAUGCACUGCUCUUAUAAACUGUGCGUUACGCUGAAACCAGCAACCACAUCGUCAAGCUUGUCAAGGAAAUCAGAUCCCCAAAGGGGAAAAAAAACAUAUUCCAAGCCCAUAACACUUGGGGCAAUUUGCUACAUUCCAAAGACAUAAACUUCACUCUUCAUAUUGCAGUGGAGCAGUGAAUGGGGGAAAGGAAUUUUUGCAGAAAUAAGGAAUUUCUUCCUGUCCUUCCCUUGAGUUCUCACACUACGGUUGUCACAGCACUGUUCUUUAGUGCAGUGAUGGCUCAACCCUGCAGUCAGUUCCUAAAUCCCUAGUUGUUCUGCAGACUUUCUCCAAUCACAGAUGCAAACCACCCAGUAAUAGUGCAUGCUUUUACAGGCUUAUAGGCAAAUUUUGUACAAUGCUUUAAGACUUUCUAUAACAGUCAAUUGAAAUUUAUAGCCUUGAUAUUAGCCAAGCUUUUAAACACAGCCACUAAAAUAUUCUAAUUAAAAUAACAUGUAAUUGGCCAGCCACUAAUUGUUUUGCAUAUAUAACAUUCAGUGAUUCUGUGAUCUUUAGUCUUUCACAUUAUUUUGUAUCCUGGGACAGACUUGGUUUUUUGGUUUCUUUUUCCUUUCUAUUUCUUGCACAUCACUGAAUCAGAUCCAGUCCAAGAAUGUAUCAUUUUAAAGUGAUUACUACAUAUUCAAGAAUCCAGGUGAAUUUAGAUGCUUAUUUACAUCAUUCAGCUUCAAAAAAGGUUGCCUGCACUAAUGCAUAUGGUUAGAUUCUGAACCAUGACAACUGCACAGGGGACAGUAAACCUCCAGAAGGAGUUUCACAGGCAUUCAAAGGCACAGGUUGAGACCUCCCUGAUGUCUCAGUGUAUUUAGACAUGCACUCAAUGUGAUUCUUGCAUAUUAUUUUUAUAACAUUUAGGAAAAACUCAAGGUGAGCUGAAGCCUAUUUCUGGUGUAAUUAAAAGAACACAAGAAAGUAUAGAUAGCAAAAGAGAAAAACAUGAAUUUUGGAGAAGCUGUAGGACUAAAAUUUGGUCUGGUAGUGUGAAACUGAUUUAGUCACUUGUCUUUUUGUUUGGUUGGGUCUCUUCCCAUCUGAAAUAUUGGAAAUAAAAGCUAUAUGAU